ACAGCCCGUUGCCUCUCUCUGUUCUUCUUCUGCUGGGGAGACGAUCGUCCAUCCCGUUUGUUGCAGCGGGAAGUUUGCCUGAUCGCUUUAGGCUGGAACUGCUAGUUGGGUUUUAUCGUACGUGAUCGAGUAAUUGGCACCAAGAAGUUGGAAUUUUGAUCUCGCCUCUUUAAUUUGGGAAGAUUUGCACCGGAAUCGACCUCUGACUCAAGAUCACUGUUUUUCUGGUUCGACCAGAGCCAUGAGGAAAAAUGCAUCGUUUGUGCUGUUGAUUUUGGCCUGCUUGUGGCUAUGCCCUCGGCGGAGCAGCGGGCUAUCAUGGAACAUUUUCUCGUCACGGUCGUCCUCGGCGGCCGGUGACCGGGCCCCGAUGAUGGAGCUCGACGGCGCGGUGGCCGACUUCUCAAUGGACGGCACCAACAACCCGCGAGGGCUGAAGCUGCUGGAGAACGCGCGGAACAAGCUCGCGGGGCCCAAGAACUGCUGGCAGGAGGCGUACCGCAACCUCUUCGCCGGCUGCGGCGAGAUCAUGGCCGACAAGGAGCGUCAGGCGCGCCUCGCGUGGCACCUCAGCAGCUGCUACCAGGAGGACUCUGGCCGGCCGGCCUUCCCGUCCUGCGCCGGCGGGUCCAGGAUGGUGCACUGCCGCAAGAAUCUGGGCGACUCCGAGAGCAAGGUGUUCCUCGAGUUCUUCCUGGAGACCAACACGCUGUGCCACCAGCUGCAGGCGGAGGCCUUCAAGCACAGCACGGAGCGGCUGGUGAACGACCUCACGAGGUCCUCCAAGUCGGCGGAGGAGAAGCUGGAGGUGAUCGAGGCACGGUCGGAGGAGAUCAUCAAGGAGUCCGGCAAGGUGCAGGACGCGCUGUCGUCCAUGGAGGCGCAGGCGGACCGCCUCGCCGAGACGUCCAAGGGCGUCGGCGCGCAGAUCGACGACGUGCUCGCGCACUCCAGGGCCAUCUCCGACCGGUCCAAGGAGAUCGCCGCCUCCCAGGCGGAGCUCAAGGAGGGGCAGGCCGAGAUGAGGGUGAAGAUCGAGGCCGGCAUGGAGCGCAUCCAGGAGUCGUACGACAGGCUCGGGGACGGGAUGGGGAAGCUCACGGAGGAGGCCGUGGGCAUUCAGAAGGAGAUUGCAACUGUCGGCGACGUGAUGUCUUCCAAGAUGCUGGUUCUGCAGGGCACCGCGGAUGAGAUCGGGAGUGUGGCGGGCAAAUCGCUGGAGAACCAGAUGCAGCUCUUGGAUGGGCAGAGUAAGGCCAUGGAUGGAUUGACCAGCCUCCACACCUUUCAGUCACAGGCUCUCGAGGAAAGCAGGGAAACUUUGGAGAAAUUUGCACAGUUUGGGCAGCGUCAGCAGGAAGAGCUGUUGUCCAAGCAGGAGCAGAUCCGGCAGGCUCAUGAUCAUCUCAUCCUGAAUUCACACUCCAUACUAGCAGCUCAGGAGGAGUUCAGAGCGAAGCAGGCCAACAUCUUCGCGGCGCUGGACAAGCUCUACAUCCUCCACAACGCCAUUCUGGCCGAGUCCCGCUUCAUCAAGGCCUUCUUCUUCUACUGCUGCAUCGUCUUCCUCAUCUACAUGCUUACCAGCGCCAAGCAGACGUUCAGCAUCAGAGGCCAGCUUUACUUCGGUCUGUGCAUCACGCUCCUGCUAGAGAUGGGUCUGAUCAAGUUUGCAGCCGGCAACUUCGACAACCAGUUCUGGGUCCUGUCCAAGGUGUUCUUGGUCAGAUUGUUGUUCCUGGCUGCCGCCACGAUUCAGAUAUUGCAUUCCAUAUUCACAUUCAGGGACUACGAAGUUCUGAACCAUCGGCUGCUCCAGACGCUGGUGGAGAAGGUGAGGACACUAGAAGAGAAUGCAGGCGACAGGAUGCUCUCCUACGGCUCGGAAAGCGACGAGAGCCUGAGGAAUUACUCGUGGGUCUUCGACGAGCUGGCGGACGAGGUGGACAGCAAAGCCGAUCCUAACUACGUGUUGCCUGAGCAAACUGACCGGAGGUACAACGCCCUGCCGGAAGAAGUCGCCGAGAAUUCCAUCACGACGUCCGGUAGCCGGAGGUACAACCUGCGGCGGCGCAGCAAGCAGUGAUGGAGAUGAAAGUUUUUACUCCUCGUGGAAAUGCGGGGUUUGUGGUCUUAUUUACGAGAAGAGGGUUUGCGGCAGUUCUUAGCUUGGGUGUCUGAUGCUGUGAUCUAUAUAUAUAUAAAAUACUAUACGUCGUUUGUACUUGGCCCGUAUGUGUUUUGGUUUUGCUACUCAAUCUGAAAUCAUCGGAUGUGUAUAACGAUGUUGACUAUAUAUUUGUAACGAACAGCUGAGUUUAGGUGUAAUGAAAACUACGGUUGUUGAAUAAAGUACUCUAUCAUGAAAGUUGUUUAAAA